AUGGUCAAGAUCAAGAGCAUCGAGUAUUUCCGAGUCCUCCCUCGAUGGCUCUUCGUCAAAGUCACCGAUGAAGAGGAAAUGUAUGGCUGGGGGGAAAGUACCCUGGAAGGCCACACCGAGGCUGUUGAGGGUACUCUCAAUUCCUUGUGCAAACGCUUUGAGGGAUACGAGGCAGAUGACAUCGAGCACAUCUGGCAGAUGGCCUGGCGUCUCGGCUUCUACCGCGGCGGCCCCGUCUUCAUGUCCGCCAUCUCCGGCAUCGACAUUGCCCUCUGGGAUCUAAAAGGCCGCCGUCUAGGCGUACCAAUCUACCAACUCCUUGGCGGCAAAGUCCGCAACAAACUAUCCGUCUACGCAUGGAUUGGUGGCGACCGCCCUUCGGACGUCGAAGCCGCCGGCAAAGCGCGUCUCGCGCAGGGCUUCAAGGCUGUCAAGAUGAACGCGACUGAGGAUGUCAACUGGCUCGACUCACCCAGCGUCCUGGACUCGAGCGUUGAGCGUUUGAAGGCUAUCAAGUCCAUUGGCCUAGACGCAGCUCUCGACUUCCACGGCCGUCUGCACAAACCCAUGGCAAAGCAGCUCGCCAAGGCGCUGGAGCCGCACCAUCCUCUUUUCCUGGAGGAGCCCCUUCUCUCCGAGCACCCGGAGGGUAUCAAACAAUUGUCGGAUCAGGUUUCCUGCCCGAUUGCGCUGGGCGAGCGGCUUUUUAGCCGUUGGGAUGUAAAGCGAUUCCUUGAGGAUGGCAGCGUUGAUGUGCUUCAGCCUGAUAUUAGUCACUGCGGUGGUAUCUCUGAGCUCCGGCGGAUUGCGUCGAUGGCUGAGACGUAUGAUGUGGCGAUUGCGCCGCACUGUCCCCUUGGGCCGAUUGCCCUGGCUGCUUGUAUGCAGGUGGACCUUUCGACGCCGAACUUUGUUAUUCAGGAGAUGAGUCUUGGUAUUCACUAUAAUACUGAGGCGGGCGAGUAUGAUAUCACGAGUUAUGUUAAGAACCCAAAGGUGUUUGAUGUGGAGGAUGGGUAUGUUGAUGCCCUGAGUGCGCCUGGUCUGGGUAUCGAGGUGGAUGAGGAGGUUGUGCGGAAGGUGGCUCAGAAUACGCAGCCCUGGCAGCCGAAGGAGUUCUUUGGGCCGGAUGGGUCUAUUCGGGAGUGGUAG